AUGUGGCUGUUCAACAAGUACAAGACUGACACUGAAGGACAAGAAAACGAAGAUGGUCCUAGGGCAACAUUCGGCCCAACACGUCUGAAAAUCAGCGGUCAAGUCAUGACACCGGAGACAAUCCCAGAAUUUGUGAUCCCACAGUUUACACGGCAGGAAAAACAUGGACGAGAGAAUUGCAACGGUGAAGAUUACGAUGAAAACAGUGCAACGAUCCAAAGCAUGUGUUCACGGCCAAACAGUCCGAUGUUGUGCGAUCCGUCCUGCGAUACCCUACCUAGCCCUCAUAGUCCGAUCAGUCCAUACAGCCCACAAAGCACGCGUAGCUUUCGGUUUGAGAGUUGUUCAAGUCAAGACGGCGAUAAUAUAGAGAGUUCACGUGCCUCUUUAACUCUUCCCCAUUUACCAAUUUACUCUCCGACUCAAAGCAGAAGCCGUGAUUACCACAUUCAUUCCGACUCAUCCAGUCCAGCCGAAUCGCCACUAAUUUGCAGAACUAGGCGUAAGUUUCCAACAGCAGAUGACCACGGUGUAUUCGGCGGAUUGCCAAGUCCACUAAGUGAUUCGUCGGAAAAAGAAAACAAUUUGGUUUAUACACCGAAGACUGACAGAAAAAGCUCAUUUUCGCCGCUUAUUAAGUUACGAGCUUUCCGUAAACAGGCUUUGUCAACCAGUACAGAGUCGCCCAACUCUUCCCCUGUAUCAUCUCCUGCUCUGAGGGUCCGUUCGUGUAUGACCAAUCUACCGAAAGAUCGUUCUAAGAGAAAGUCGCCGAAAAAUGUGCGUCGACCACGCAGUCUGUACGAGCGCAGACGUUCAUCCUUAGAAGUCUCGUUAUUUUCUGAGUUUUCAGAAUUUUCUUCCACGGAUGCUAGUUCAGUCGAGCCAAGUCCUGUCGUGUUACGACGUAAUAGUAGUGAUAUUGGCCAGUGUAGAUCAGCUAUGUUGGCGUAUCGUCAAAACAUGCGCCGUAAUGUUCAACCGCACGCUGAGUGGCUAGUGCAUCGCCUUCAAAAGCAGUGCUCCGUUGAUUUUGGGGAAUUGAAGUUUGCCCUGGAAUAUUUCUGGGAGAAAAGGGAAUUGAAAGUUACGGUUCUUAAAGCUGAACGCAUUGGAAACCAAUAUUUACUCUCGCAUAACUGCAGUUCGUACUUAAAGCUGUACAUCAUGCCUGGUAAACAGCAACGGAAACAUACUCGCACAGUGAAACGAACAAGAGAUCCCAUUUUCAAUGAAGAAUUCUAUUUCCAUGGGCUCAAUGCGAGCGAUCUUCGUCAUUUGAAGCUACGCAUGAAGCUGUUUAAUAAGGGGUCGAAUAUAAAGAGAGACGAAUUUUUAGGCGAGGUGCAGGUGUUGUUGGGCACAUUGGAUUUCUCACAGGAAACUCGUAUGUGGAAGGAUUUACAGCCGAAGACAGACAUAGAGGAUCUGGGUAUGCUCAAUGUCUCCGUGUGCUACCAACCUAGGCAGCGACAAAUCGUGAUUACAAUAGUGAGAGCCAAAGAUUUGCCUAAAAAUAGUAUAACAGGAGCCCCUGAUCCCUACGUGAAAAUUGAAUUCACCUAUAAUGACAAGACUAAGGGACACACCAUCAUGCACAAACAAACACGAGUGAGGAAGAAAACUACAACUCCAGUGUUCAAAGAGGCGUUCACGUUCACAGUUGGUAACAGCAUCGUUGACGACACUGACACUCACGUAAGCAUCAUAAUGACAGUAUACGACCAUGACAGAAUUAGAUCAGACGAAGCAAUAGGAGAAGUUCGGCUUGGCUACCGAGCAACUGAGGAAAGUGAGCUAGAUCACUGGCAAGCAAUAAUGAAGACACCGGAUCAACCAGUGCCGACGUGGCAUAAUUUAAUGGAACUCGAUGAUGAACCAUGAAUAUACGGUUUUAUACAAGUAAAUGAGAACGUCAAAAAUGUUUGUAAUGUGUUUUGACCAAAUAUAAAAUGGUUUGUACACCCAGAUUGUCGUAUGCAUAUCGAC